CGGUGAUUGCUGAGGUGUUUUUUUUUUCACCCCGGCCUGGUCUUUGUAGUCGUCUGGCCUUCAGUGCUGGAGUGUGUUGGUCAGUGGCUUGGUUGUAGGAAUGAGAAACGCUCUGGGGACAUUGUAUCCCCAGUGCACCUGCCCUCUUCCGGUGCCGGCGGUGCGGGAGAUGCUACUUUGCAGGCUUCUCGGUGUAGACCUUUUAAAGGCCAAGGGGCACAACUGAAAAUAUUGCAAGCAUCGAAAAGUCUCGUUGCGGACCUUCAUAGGGAGACAGGAGGACGAAUAUGGCAGAAGACUGGAAGGCUUCUCAUCCAGUUAUUCAGAUGCAUUCUGCGUUCGAAAAUGUGUUUUAAGAGUCACUAUUGGAAUAGUUUUGUACGGCCUGCUUCCGACGGGGGAAUGUGAGGUCCCUUCAAAAGCAAGCAUCUGAAAGUAAAAUCUUAGGCGUUUGAUGGUGUGUCAGACUUGUGGAUGGGCUUGGAAACACUGUCCAGCUCCCUGACCUGGGCAUCUCUGGUGAGGAAGAAGAGGACAGGCCUGUUCUCUUUGGGAUCCUGUGAUCAUCUCAUCAGGAACCCUGAGUGCCCACGUUAGGCGUCAUCAGGAUGGAGUUCUGAAGUCCAUGUGGCUGCUUGCAGUGAACCAGGUGUUAAGGAAAAUGCAGAGACGCCACAGCAGCAACACGGACGCCAUUCCACCCGAAAGAAACCGCAGCCAGACGCUCAGCCCCGAAGCCAGCGUGGAUGAAGGCGGCAUGUUCGAGAGCCUGAAGGCCGAGCCGGCCUCCCCGCCUGCACUCUUCUCGGGCCUGGCCAGCAGCCUGCCCACCAGCCCCUUCCCAGCCAGCCUGGUUCUGGGCAGCCUGCCCACCAGCCCCUUCCCAGCCAGCCUGGUUCUGGGGUCCUCGGCGGGUGGCGGGGAUGUGUUCAUCCAGAUGCCGGCCUCCAGGGAGGAGGAAGGCGGACGCGCCAGCGAGGGCAGCAGCUUCUACCACCGCCCGCCCCACCACCACUUCCACCACGGCGGCCACCGCGGGGGCUCCCUGCUGCAGCACGUGGGUGGGGACCACCGCGGACACUCGGAAGAAGGGAGUGACGAGCAGCCAGGGACGCCCGCCCCUGCCCUGUCGGAGCUGAAGGCUGUCAUGUGCUGGCUCCAGAAAGGGCUGCCCUUCCUUCUGAUCCUGCUGGCCAAAGUGUGUUUCCAGCACAAGCUCGGCAUCGCCGUGUGCAUCGGGAUGGCCAGCACCUUUGCCUAUGCCAACUCCACACUCCGAGAGCAGGUGUCGCUGAAGGAGAAGAGGUCGGUGCUGGUCAUCUUGUGGAUCUUGGCCUUUCUGGCAGGGAAUACCCUGUACGUGCUAUACACGUUCAGCUCCCAGCAGUUGUACAACAGCCUCAUCUUCCUGAAGCCCAACCUGGAGACGCUGGACCUAUUUGAUCUGCUGUGGAUUGUGGGCAUCGCAGACUUUGUGCUGAAGUACAUCACCAUUGCCCUCAAGUGCUUCAUUGUGGCCCUGCCCAAGAUCAUCCUGGCCGUGAAGUCCAAGGGAAAGUUCUAUCUGGUCAUCGAGGAGCUGAGCCAGCUGUUCCGAUCGCUUGUCCCCAUCCAGCUGUGGUACAAAUACAUCAUGGGUGACAACUCCUCCAACAGCUAUUUCCUGGGAGGGGUCCUGAUCAUUCUGUACAGUCUCUGCAAGUCAUUUGACAUCUGUGGCCGUGUGGGUGGAGUCAGGAAAGCCUUGAAGCUUCUCUGUACCUCUCAGAAUUAUGGUGUCCGAGCCACUGGGCAACAGUGCACAGAAGCCGGAGAUAUCUGUGCCAUCUGCCAGGCGGAGUUCCGAGAGCCUCUGAUUCUCCUGUGCCAGCACGUGUUCUGUGAGGAGUGCCUCUGCCUGUGGCUGGACCGCGAGCGCACCUGCCCACUCUGCCGCUCGGUCGCCGUGGAUACGCUGCGCUGCUGGAAGGACGGGGCCACCUCUGCACACUUCCAGGUGUACUAGGGCUGGACCUGAGGAUGCCCGGCAGAUGCCUCGGGGUCUGCAUUCAGGCCCUGUGCCGGGGGCUUCCAGGAAAACAGUCUCUUACUUCAGUCAUGGCCAGCUCCAGUCCCGAGGGCAAGCCUGGGCUUUCACCUUCACCACGCACCCCUUCCUCCCUCCCGUGUUCUGCGGGGCAGUGUGAGCACCCUUCCCCUCCUCGCUCAGACGCCGUCUCCCCCAGGUAGGUCAUCUGUCCCCUCUGGGUCAAGGAAUCUGUAACACAGGGAGUUCCCCAUUCUCCUAACCUAGUACUGAAUCGCUAGAGGAGGCUGGCAGUCACUGCCUCUCCAAAUGGCCCAGGCCUGCAGAUCAGUGUCACUGUAGUCAUCAAAAUCCAACCACUGAACCCACCGUCCGCGCAGAGUAACUUCAUGAACCCAUCACUUAGCAUGUGCCGGGCACAGCCUGGAGCAUCCAGCUCAGACCACUUCCGGUCAUCCUCACCACAGUCCUGUCGUGGAGGUACUCUUUGGCUCCCCAUUUACUAGGUGAGGGGACUGAGGCACCCAGUGUGGGGGGGUGACUUGCCCUGGGGUCACCCAAUUAGCGAGGGCUUAGCUGAGUCUCCAGCCGACGAGGGCCUGGUCUGGCUGCAGAGGCUGCAAGUGUGGGGCCCAGCCGACCUGGGAGGUUGAAACACAGUGGAUGAUUUUAAUGACUUGUGGCCUUGCUGGGUAUGGUGGCACAUGCCUGGAACGCCAGCACUUGGGAGACUGAGGCCAGACCAGGAGUCU